CUAACUCUGGUGACGCAAGAUCUAACUGUUACACGAUGAGAAGUAUAUAGACCAGAAGAGUCCAAACUUUUUUCUCUCACUCAAUCAUCCAAUUAGAUACACUUGAGUGUCGAGAUAAAAACGAAAACCCAAAAACUAAUUUUGUCUUGGCCAAAAGAUGUCGCUGUUUCUCACUUGAAACCACCUGGGCGUUAUCCUUUGACCUGCUCAAUCGAUAACCUACACAAACAAAAAUUCCCGUCUCAGUUCACCAAACGUGUCGUGUUUGUUGUUGAGCUGUUAUCCCAAUUUAUCCCGUUGGAGCCAAAUUCACUCCUGAAAAAACAAAGAGUUUAUUUUUGCGGAUGGAUCAAAAGGGGAGUUUUAGGCUUGUGACUGACUGGUGGGCGGCGGAAGGCCGUGUCUCACCUUAACACAUAAAAGUAGUCCCUGUCUGUGAGGAGAACCGGGACUUCGGAGCCUGUGCCCCGCGCGCCCGGCUCGCAUCAUCCAGUCGGUCUCCGCCCCGUCGCUCCAUCAUCAGCUCACAUCCAGGAGGGGAGGAGGGGGCGAAUAGAAAAGAAACGACGGGAGCAGGAGGAACCACGUCCGGUGUAAACAAGGAACCAUGAAGGACCGCAUGCAGGAACUUAGACAUGGCAAGGAGACAACAGAAGAAGAGGAUGAAGUCGCUGUGGGGAUGGACAAAGGCUUCAUGGAGGAAUUCUUUGAACAGGUAGAGGAGAUCCGGGGUUUUAUCGAGACUCUGGCAGAGAAAGUGGAAGAGGUGAAGAGGAAGCACAGCGCCAUCCUUGCCUCGCCGAACCCCGAUGAGAAGACCAAAGCCGAGCUGGAGGACCUCAUGGCAGACAUCAAGAAACUGGCCAACAAAAUUCGCUCUAAAUUAAAGAGUAUUCAGCAAACGAUUGAGCAGGAGGAAGGGCAGAACAGAUCGUCAGCUGACCUGAGGAUACGCAAAACACAGCACUCCACGUUGUCCAGGAAGUUCGUCGAGGUGAUGUCAGAGUACAACACCACGCAGUCGGACUACAGAGAGCGCUGCAAGGGCCGCAUUCAGAGACAGCUGGAGAUCACUGGAAGAAACACUACAAACGAGGAACUAGAGAGCAUGUUAGAGAGUGAUAACCCUGCCAUCUUUACCUCUGGGAUAAUAAUGGAUAACAUCACCCAACAAGCAAUGAAUGAGAUCGAGACGCGGCACAACGAGAUUAUCAAGCUGGAAAACAGCAUCAGGGAACUUCAUGACAUGUUCAUGGAUAUGGCCAUGUUGGUGGAGAGUCAGGGCGAACUGGUGAACAAUGUCGAGCGGAGCGUUCAAGGCGCUCAGGAAUAUGUGGAGGAAGCAAAGGAGCGCAUCCCGAAAUGCAAAAAGUUCAAAAAGUCCAGCAGACGGAAAAUGAUCCUGAUAGGUGGUUGUGUCGCAGUGUGCCUCACCAUCCUCAUUGUUUCUCUUGCUGUCGGCCUCAGUUAGGACCCUGACACACACCGUUUGCUACUCUAGAAGUGGCUCAAUAAUUUAGUGUCGCCAUUGUAAAUGAGCACUCAAACUGUGUGGGACUAAUUAAUAUUGCCUUACUAUGUUAUUUUAUAUUGCUCUUGCACAUGUUGUGUUUCUCGUUUUGCACGUUUCUGAAACUUACAAAAUGUUGCGUACUUCUCCAAAUCGAGCAUUUAUUCUGAUUAUCACAUGUAUCUCUUAGUAGUUCAUGGACAACCAAUCUUUUUCAAAACUUGUGGAUGAAAUUUGGAAUUAGCGGCAUAAAAAAAGACCUUUUCAAGGGUGAUAAAAUCUAGUGAAACUAUUUACAUUUUCAGCAAGCUCACUCCAAGGCGACAUCUUCCCACUUCAGGUUGAGAAAGUAUUACCAGCAACAACUUUUAGAUCUUUUGAUAAAUCAGAGACGUGUAUAAUUCAACUAAAGCUCAGAUGAAAACACUUUGAGGCAUCUUGUUUUUGUUUUGUCGGACACUGGUCGCUUAUGAAUUAUAUUUAUUGAGAUAGUGUUAGAAACCUACAGUGACCUUUUUCUACCACCAGAGGGAGCUACAGCUUUUGUAGCUUCUGUUUUCAAGUGAUUGUGUUUGUUAGAUGUGCAAAACGCCCCUAAGGCAGAGAGAACUCAAUCUUCUGCAACUUAAGAAGAUCUGAUCUAAUGUAUUUAUCUUGAAACGCUCUAUUAAAUCAAGCAAUCUCUAAAAAGUACAAUUCAACUUUAUUGCCGUAACUUUCAUUUCAGCUGAAUUUCCUCUCUGACGACAAAAAGUUUCACAGCACUCUUUUAUUUACACACAUUUUCUUAAGAAUUGAUUAUAAUCUUAAAUAAUAAUUUUAUGUCUCACUGAGUUCUCUCUGCCUGUAAAACUGAACGUUGUCCUUAAGUUGUUGAACAAAAUGCAGGAAGCAAAUAUUCAAACGUGAGCUUUUACAAAUCCUGGUAAAAGUUGCACUCCAGUCAUUUCCUGAGAUUAUUUUAUGUUAUUAAAUCACACUUUUGUUUUCUAAGUUUCACUUUGUUCAAAUGUAUUAAAGCUUUGUUCAUACUGCUAACAAGUUUUUCUCUCUUUCCUGUCUGCUGCGUGGGACUUUUCUUUUUUUAUGUUAUUAUUCUUUCUUUUUUUUUUUUUUACUUUGUAGAAGAAAAUCAUGAUCAUUAUAUGCUGUGUGAUUUUGGGAAUUGUUAUUGCUUCCAUAGUUGGAGGAACUGUGUCUUAAGCCUCAUCCGCUGUCACACAGCAACACGCACACAGUCACAAAACUACACACACACUCACACACACACAUGAAAACAGGCAAAGCCAGUUCAUUCAGUGUCCUGUAUGAAAAACUACAAUCCCGAACGGUGUUUCCCAACCCUGGUCCUCAGCUCAAACUGCCCUGCGUCUUGUAGAUGUUUUCCUCACAACCAAUUCUGAUAAUUGAAGUUCGACCGGCACCUGGCAAUUGGCCAAUUGAUCGAAAUCAGGUUUUCUGCAGCAGCAAAUCAUCUAAAGCAUCCCUGGCGGUUUAUCCUGAGGGCUGGUGUUGGAAGCGACUGAUCUGGAACGUGCUUAGCACACAGCGUGUCACAUUACUGUAUGAUGCAUUCUGCAAAUAGUGUACAGGGCCAGAGGCGAUCUCGCAUGAGUUGCUAUUUUGUAAAAAUGUGGUGCUGCAAAUUGUUCAUCUGGGUGUUGUCAAAGGGUAUGAUGUUUCUGGAAAUGGGACGUUACUCAGUGGUACGUAUUCUUAGGCAUUCCAAUUCACAAAUGAGACUCUACUUUGAUUGUACUCUCUGUUUUGUGUUGUACAAGCGAAGUGACGGGUCACUCACCUGCAGUGUUUUCACAGACAAUACUUUACCUAUUCAUUUGUAGUUUAUAUUAAAACUCACCAUGUACAGACGUAAAUGUUUUUGCUUGUUGAAUCCUCACACUGCCAAACUUCUUUUGUUUUACUAUUUUUUUUUUUAUACACAGCUGAAGCAGUUAAACUUUUUCUUUUUGGGGUUUUUUUUUUUUUU